AUGGGGUGGCGCUAUACUACCAGAGAUGCGUCGCCGAGCCCGCCGCCUCCUUCAUUCAUCCGCCACGGGAAGAGCACCACCCUCGACGGGAAGCGGGCCCCGGUGAAGCGCGCCGCCGGUGGGUCUUCUUCCCCUGACGCCAUGCUGCACCACCACCACCGCCACCGUCGCCCGUCGGCGAAGAAGGCUCGGGCUUCGCCUUCAUCGUCUUACUCAACCCGUUGUCUGCUCGAGAGGAAGAUCUACGCCUUCGACCAGGGACAUAUCAAGGACGGGCUGAGGGUGGUGCAAGAGAAGGCGGCGGCCGUGGGGAGAGUGCUGACGGAGGAGGAGAAGGCCCUCGCCGACAGCGGCCGCGGGGUGGCUCUGGCCAUCCAGGACGAGCAGGGCCGGAGGUACUCGGUGUUCUGGCGCAGCCGCGGCUUCGGCUCCACCCACUACAUGAUGUCCGGCGGCGGCUGGGCCCACUUCGCCGAGAACCACCGGCUGCACACCGGCGACGUCCUCCGCUUCUGCUUCAGCCGCGCGGUGCCCAGGGCAGACUCCGGGAAGCUCUACCUCGGGGUCCGCGUGCUCAAAUCGGCGCCCGUCACAGCCGGCGGCGAUCUCGCCGUCAAAACCACCGGGGAAGCCGCACAAGCCACUGCCGGCGGCGAUCUCGCUAUCAAAACCACCGGAGAAGCGGCACCCGGCGUCAAAACCACCGGGGAAGCCGCACCCGCCUUCCAGAAGGAGCCGUCCAUGGCGAUGCCCGUUCGUGAUUGCCCCUCUUGCGACGUGAAGAUUCCACCCACACGCCCCCUACAUUAUUUUUUCUGCGAUUACGGAGCUAAUUCUCUUCCCCGGAAAUCUUCUUCUUGA